GCUGAGCUAGCAGAAGAAGCAGCAGAGCUAGCCGACUUGUUAGCUACAGAAAGCUGUUGUCUGCUCAGAAAAACACACGUAGAAAUGUUCCGGAGGAAACUAACAGCUCUGGAUUAUCACAAUCCAAGCACUUUCGACUGCACAGAUGAGACACAGUUUAGAAACUGCAUUGUGUGGCUGGAGGAUCAGAAGAUUCGACACUAUAAGAUAGAGGACCGAGGCAACCUGAGGAACAUCCCCAGCUCAGAAUGGCCCAAAGCCUACGAGAAGUACCUGCAGGAUGUGAACAGUCCGUUUGGAGUACAGGAGAAGCAGGAGGCUUUGGAUUGGCUGCUGGGCCUGGCUGUAAGAUAUGAAUAUGGAGAUAAUGUGGAGAAGUAUAAGAACUGUCAGCCGCUGGCAGCCUCAGGCAACAGCGACAAGGCGGUGGACCCUCUCGUCAACCUUGACAGUAAUUCACCAGAUUUCAAAGCAGGAGUGAUGGCUCUGUCUAACAUCCUGAAGAUACAACGGCAUGACGACUACCUGGUGAUGCUCAAGGGUAUUCGUAUUCUCAUCCAAGACAGACUUUCUCCAGAAGCUAUUACUAAAGCUAGCCAGAACAAAGAGGGUAUUCCUGUAGCCUUAGAUAAGCACAUCUUGGGUUUUGAUACUGGAGACGCGACUCUGAAUGAAGCGGCUCAGAUCCUGCGCCUGCUGCACAUCGAGGAGCUGAGGGAGCUGCAGACAAAGAUCAACGAGGCCAUCGUAGCCGUUCAGGCCAUCAUCGCCGACCCCAAGACGGACCACAGGCUGGGCAAGGUCGGCAGAUGAGAGUGAGGAUGGAGAGGAGGAUGAGGAGGAUGAGGAGUGGCGGCAGAAGAAAGGGAGAGACUGAACGGCGGGAGACUUUAAGUUGAUUUUGGAGAAGAAAAGCCAGUUUUUUGUUUUGAGUUGGACAUAAAUUAGUUUUUUUCUGUUGCAUGACAUCAGACUGUGUUCAAAUUGGGAAUUUGGUGCCAAAAUAAGCUGAUGCCAGAUUUUCAGUAGCUUUUUAAAAUUUUUGUACAAUGGGAAGGUUAAGUUAAGCACUAUUAUGUUUCUGGCCAUGUUAUAAUAGUUUUCAGUCACAUGUUAAAUCAUUUAUUUUUUCAGAGUGUGAGGUUGAACCUUCUGAUAAACUCCUGGUUCAUCAUAUCCCUCAAUAGAAACCACAGAGAAGCUCCUAUAAUAUUGAAACUGACAGUUCUAUUUCUACUUUUUGGACUUUUUUUUUUUUCCUGUUGGAAGACAGAGCGAGUUUGAGAAGGUUUAAAGUGAAGCUGUAUGAGGAAAUCCAUAAAUACA